AUGGGCCUGCUGAAUUUACUGCGCAAGCUUAAGAAGGACGACAGUGAGGCGCGUAUCCUCGUGCUGGGACUGGAUAAUGGUGGCAAGACCACCAUCCUUAAGAAACUCUCGGAAGAGGACAUCAGCCACAUUAUGCCGACACAAGGCUUUAACGUCAAGAGUCUGCAGGUCGACGGCUUCAAGCUCAACAUGUGGGAUAUUGGCGGCCAGAAGACCAUCCGUCCUUACUGGCGGAACUACUACGAGCAGACUGACGCUCUGAUCUACGUGAUCGACAGUGCUGAUCGUCGUCGUCUCGAGGAAACUGGCAUGGAGCUCGUGACGCUGCUGGAAGAGGAGAAGCUCUCCAAUGUGCCUAUUCUCGUGUUCGCCAACAAGCAAGACUUGCUCAAUGCGCUGCCCUCGGGUGAAAUUUCCACGGCACUUAACCUGGCAACUAUCCGCGACCGCACGUGGCACAUCCAGGCCUGCUCGGCCAAGACGGGCGAGGGUCUGCAAGAAGGCAUGGAGUGGAUAGUCACCACAAUGAGCACUGGACGAGAGGCCAAGUAAACAACAUCAAGCUUCUGCACUCGCACACUAAACUGCGAAGUUUACAGAUAGUAUCACCAAGCUUUCUGUAAAAAUAUCAAAAAAAA